AUGCAGAACCCAUCGGGCGUGAGCGUCCAGUUCGAGUGCAUUUGCCCGCAUACGCAGCCUGGACAAACGGUAUGGGUUGUGGGAAAUGCGUCUGCUCUCGGGUCGUGGCGCCUCGAUGACGCACUGCAGCUCGAAACCGGGCGUGAGUCCUUCCCCACGUGGAAAUCCGCAGGGGAGGUUCGAAUCCCCAGAGCCCAAGAUGUCGAGUUCAAAUUCGUCAUCAUGAGUCAACACAAAGACUACGUCGUAUGGGAACAGAUCGGCGAGUGGCAAAGCGAGCAGUUGCCUUGGGUACCGCCUUCAAAGAUCUUAACCGUCGACCUGAAACUCUCACCUGGAUCCGACGGUCAGCACCAGCCGCCUACAUGGAUGGGGCGGUCGCCGGACACUGCAGCGUCGCCUCUCCCUCGCUUGUCAUCUCGCCUCGAUGUGCUCUCGUCGCCCACGUCUCUCUCCACUUCGUCGCUCGGCGGUUCGCCGUUCUCUGUCGCCAGUCACCUGCUGGACCCAGCAGCCGACGAGGAAGGCGAGACGAAAGAGCGAAACCAGAAAGCUCCAGAAGGACCGCCUCCCGGGGCCUCGCCGCUGCGGCUCGUGGUUGACGGGGAGCGAGGCGCGAAAAGCUGGAGAGAGAAACUCGAGGUGGUCAAGGCCGUCCUCACCGCCGCCCUAAAAGACGGGAAAUUCAGAUACAAUCCCCAGGACACAGUGAACCUCAUCGACUCUCUGGCCUACUGCAGCAUCUACCUUCGCUUCAUCUCCCAAGGCGACAUCGUUUGCACGGAGGACGGCAGACAUUUCCGCCCGAAUCACCACGCCAAUCUCUCGAGGGAGUUGUGCGUCCUUCUCGAACAAAUCAUGCAGGAGGCGGCCAGCAGAGACGACGUCAUGGAAAUCAAACACGCCCUUCAAAACAAACUGCAUCGCUGCGCAGGCCCGGAGGACCUAGUGACAGCGGAGAAACUUCUUCAAAGAUUCCACAGCACCCCGGGGCGAUAUCCUCACGAGUUCAUCGUCGAGUUUGAGCGCUUCUACGAUGAGUUGCGCCGCUUCUUCAACGCCACGGAUUUGGAGACGCGACUCGAGGAACUUUGCCAGCAAGAAAAUCCCCGCGCUGCCGAGCUGAUCGCUCGAUUUCUGGAGUCGAAGGCUCGCAGCGAUGAUCCGAAUGCGGGGCUGACGAAGUUGCUCGUGACGCUGUCGGUGUGCGUCGAUCUCCGCGCGUCGUUCACUUGCCAGCUGAGAGACAGCGCGGCGACAACCCAUCAUCAGGAUGUCUACCAAGUGCAAGAAAUGCGACUGGCAGAAAUCUUGCUGGACGACGUCGCCUUCGUCCUCCUCAGCCGCAGCGAGACGCUGUUCGAGCAGCAACCCGACAACCGAUGGGCAGAAGCGCUCGAGGCCCUCUCUUUGGGACUUCAGAAUGUGCGCAUCAGCGGAAUCAAACGCGAUGAAUGCCGAGCCUUGGCCAAUGAGUUUUCCAGUUUGGCGCGGCAGGCGUUUCACUCGAGGGACGAUUUUUUGAUUUUGAAGGCUUCUCUGGACAGAUGUCGCCGCCUCUGCGAAGAUUUUUCCGACUUGCAAAUUGCGCUCUUCUCCAACCGAGCUCUCGCCCUCGGGCACCUCCUCAAGUUGCCUUCUCUCUCCGUCAGAAUUUACUCCGAGGCAACCAUCCGCAGCAGCGUCGUCUUCCAGAUUUCGAAGCUCUGUCGCGCGUUGCUCCGCUGCAUUCAAGUCCGUCUGAAUCUCCAGCCCUACGACGCGCUAGUUGCUGGCAAAGCUGUCGGCUCGGUUCUUCUUUUCGACACUCUCGAAGAAGCUGCGCUCCACUGCGUGAGGCGGAACCACUCCGCCGCGCUGUGCUCUGGCCGCGACAGACCUUCCGAGGACGCAUGCGCGAGUGCGUGCACGCCUGCGUCCAAGGCGGGUGUCUCGACUGUCUCUGCAGAGAAGGCGGAGACGGGAACGCGCCUGGGAGACGAGAAAGGUGAAGCCUCGAAAGCGAACGAUCGGUUCCUCGACGCGCCGCCUCUCAUUCUCGCGGCGAGAUGUGCAAGUGGCGACGAAGAAAUCGCAGGGCUGGACGGGGCAUGCGGCCGCGUUGUUGGCGUCGUCGUCGGCCAUGAUUUGCCCAUCCUCAGCCAUCUCGGUGUGCGCGCUCGUCAGAAGGGUGUCCCGUUUGUUGCCUGUCAAGACCCAUCGGCUUUUGACGCCUUUGCGGCAGCCCAAGGAAAACUUGUUUCUCUCUCAGCAGAUUCUCGCGCGAUUUCUUUCGAAGUUCUGGAGGGCGAGAAAGCGACGGAGGCUCUACAGAGGCAACGCCCACCAGAAGAAAACUCCGUCGAGAAAUCGAGCGCAAAAGACGGAAAUUCACCCGUGCGAGUUUCCUCGCGAUCGCCGUCAUACCCGUUCUCUUCGGCAGUUCCGCCUGCGCUCCUCACAGCCUCCGCACCACCUCCGCCGCUCGCCGUCAGAGAUGUGACUCUCGAGACGUGCGGCGCGAAGGCGGCGACCUGUGCGCGUCUGAGACUUCUGGCGGAGGAGGCAGAAACGCGAAACGACGGCGACAACGGCCGCGGGUCUAACGCCCCGGCGGAAGUGUUCGAAGCCCCAAACGUUCUUGCCUUCCCCUACGGCACCGCCGAAUGGCUGAUUCAGGAACAAGGGAAGAAAGAAGAGUUUCAAGUUCUCAUCGAGACGCUCGAAACACGUGCACCUGGUUCACAGCUGGAUGAGGCGGCAAGAAAACUUCAAGAACUCAUCAUGCAUUUGGUCCUUCCCGAGGAAAUCGUUCUGCCUGUUGUCCACGGGUUUGGAGCUCGCUCGCGCCUCGUGGUCCGCUCCUCUGCGAAUGUCGAGGAUUUGAAAGGCAUGUCGGCGGCGGGGCUAUAUGAGUCCGUGGCGAACGUCUCAGUGGCCGAUGUAGCCGCCUUCCAGUCGGCUGUCGUGACGGUCUGGGCGUCUCUCUACUCUCGCCGCGCAAUCCUCGCGAGACGAGCUGCCGGCGUUCCUCAGCACCACGCGUGCAUGGCCGUUUUGAUCCAGGAGUUAGUCAGCCCAGAACUGAGUUUCAUUCUUCACACGGUCAAUCCGCUGGAGAAGGACAUGCAUCACCUCUACGCCGAAAUUGCGCCUGGCCUCGGAGAGACGGUCGCCGGAGCCGGCACGCGAGGGUCUCCCUAUCGCAUGCUCGUGGACAAAACGACAGGCGAAGUGACGAUGCUCUCCUUCUGUAACUAUAGCACGUCCCUCGUCCCUGCGAUGCCAAAGAACCGAAGCUUCACCACCCUGCGCGACGGGAAAGGCAUGCACCAGGCGACUCCUCUCCUCACCCCCUCAAGCCUCGUCAAAUCGCGCGUCAUGGAUUACACCCUGGAACCGAUGACACAAGACCUCGGAUACAGAGUCCACAUUGCACACAGACUCGCUGGCAUCGCUGUAACGCUUGAGGCCGAGCUCGACGGUCCACAGGACGUGGAAGGCGUGAUUUCAGGUGACGCAAUCUGGGUUGUGCAGUCUCGGCCGCAACCUUCCUCUGACUAA